AUGAUCCCCUAUUAUGACCCAGGUACCGAUGUAAAACUGAUAGCAACCAAUUCGGCGAAUGAGAAUGAUUGCUCUGUCAGGAUCUACAGUGCAGCCUGUCCAAAGACGAACACGCCUAUAGUGGUCUGUCCCAUCAACGCCGGAGCCGAGACAGAGCCAUACUGCGAGCAUUACAUAACUACAUUGUUCGGCUCAAUGCACGAGGUGCAUUACGUUCGCUUGAACUUCGCAGAAUUAAAGAUGAAUGCGUUUACGGCUCGCAUCGAAGCAACGAUGGACGGUGGCGCGUUCAUCAAUGUGAAAAACGUGAGUCAACGUGAUUCAAUUGAUCUCAGUUGGAAUGUGGUGUGA